AUGUAUACGAUAGAUAUAUCUAUCAAAUCCAUUGCAGAAACAAGAGAAAAAAAACUAGAGAGAGAGAGUGUGUGUGUGUGUGUAAGGAGAGCAAAAAUGGAGGCUUUGGUUUGCCGAAAAUUGGGAGAUCCGACGGCGACGGAGACCGGAAGUCCAGAAUCGCCGGUGGAGGUGAGCAAGAGCUACCCGAUCCCGCCUUUGAGCUCAGAUACGGCGGUGAGAGUCAGAGUUAUCGCUACGAGCUUGAAUUACGCGAAUUACCUUCAGAUUCUCGGAAAGUACCAGGAGAAACCUGUGCUACCUUUCAUCCCUGGCUCCGAUUACUCCGGGAUCGUCGACGCGAUCGGUCCCGCCGUCACCAAAUUCCGCGUCGGAGAUCGUGUCUGCUCCUUCGCCGCUCUCGGUUCUUUCGCCCAGUUCAUCAUCGCUGAUCAAUCUCGCAUGUUCCUUGUACCAGAAAGAUGCGACAUGGUCGCUGCAGCCGCACUUCCUGUUGCGUUUGGGACUUCUCAUGUAGCACUUGUCCAUAGAGCUCGUCUAACAUCUGGCCAGUUUCUUGCUUCAUCGCCGAUUCUGAGUUUUGAAAACGUUAUCUCAAGUGUCAAAGAGUUCAUCAAGACAAGAAAGCUAAAAGGAGUUGAUGUUCUGUAUGAUCCUGUGGGAGGGAAACUCACCAAGGAGUCCAUGAAAGUUCUCAAGUGGGGAGCUCAGAUUCUGGUGAUCGGUUUUGCCAGCGGUGAAGUCCCCGUGAUUCCCGUUAACAUAGCCCUUGUUAAGAACUGGACGGUGCACGGUCUUUACUGGGGGAGCUACGGAAUCCACCAACCCAGUGUUCUUGAAGAUUCCAUCAGAGAGUUACUGUCAUGGCUUGCCAGAGGACUGAUCACCAUUCACAUCUCUCAUACCUAUAGCCUCUCCCAGGCUAAUCUCGCAUUUGGGGCCAUCAAAGACAGGAAAGCAAUUGGAAAAGUGAUGAUCGCUCUCGACCACAAAACUAGCAUGUUUUCAAAACUAUAG